AUGGCUUUUGAGCAAAAGAAUUUCAGGCUCAACACUGGAGCACACAUCCCGGCGAUCGGGCUGGGUACCUGGCAAGAUGAAGACACACAAGAGCAAGCAGUCCUUACUGCACUCCACGCAGGCUAUCGUCACAUCGACACCGCCCGAUGUUAUGAUACGGAGAGAGCUGUGGGAAACGCUAUCAGGAGAAGUGGCAUUCCACGAGACCAGAUCUUCGUCACAAGCAAACUUUGCAACCACAGACACCAUCCAGAUGAUGUCGGCCCCGCAUUGCAAGAAUCACUGAACGCUCUUGGAUUAGAUUAUCUUGAUCUAUUCUUGAUGCACUGGCCAGUCGCAUUCAAGCGAGGUGACGACUCAUUCCCGACUGACAGGGAUGGUAAUGUUAUAACCGUCAACAUUGACUAUAUCGAUACAUACAAAGCUAUGGAAGGCCUUAUUCGAUCUGGAAAGAGCAAAGCAAUUGGUGUUUCUAACUUUUCACACAAGGAGAUUGAGCGUCUUCUUGCAAACACUAGUGUUGUUCCAGCAGUCCACCAGAUGGAGCUUCAUCCAUGGCUCCAACAAAUGGAUUUUACCGAAUUUCUGAAAGAGCAGGGCAUCCAUGUGACUCAGUAUUCACCGCUGGGCAAUCAAAAUGCAAUCUAUGGAGUCAGGGAUGAAACCGACAAGGAAGUAAAUGAUGAGGUUUUGAGAAAAAUUGGUCAAAAGCAUGGCAGAACCGGGGCCCAAAUGGCGCUUGGGUGGGGAAUCUCACGGGGCCAUUCGGUUAUUCCGAAAUCGAAAACGCAGACCCGAAUUUACGAAAACCUGCGUGCAGUUGUUGAGCUGAGCCCUGAAGAUUUUGCUGAAAUCAAUGCACUUGACAAGAAGAUUCGCUACAACGACCCUAGCGAACAGUAUGGUUAUAGGUUCUUCGCAGAUUUGGAUGGAAAAUGA